UAAAGUGGAGUCAGUGCUGGAGAAGUUCUCACCAAGACAGCAUCUCUUGGGGAAAAAAAAGCGCGCAAUGUCGGAAAAAAGUAUUCAUCAGAAAAAUCGUCAUGAGAGUGAAUCAAAUUUUACGGGGAUACUUGAGGAAUUGGGUGAUUUUGGACGUUUCCAAAUAUUCGCCUACAUCCUCCUCUUCCUUCCGGUCUUCCUCACCAACAUGUAUACGUUGAAUUUCAUCUUCACAGCCGCCGAAAUUGACUACCGUUGCCGAAUUGGCGAAUGCGAAGCCCCCGAUGCUCCAUUCAAUUCCAAUGAAACAUUCCUGGAUUACGCUAUGCCACCUGGUCAGGAGUCCUGUCGACGCUUUAGCUACACCAACACCACAGGUGGUGAGUGUGUUGCAUCGAAUUUCAAUCAUAGCCACGAGAUUGCGUGCAAUGAAUUUAUCUACGCCGGUCCCGAACACACCAUUGUGAGUGAAUGGGACCUGACCUGCCCCUCUAAUGAAUGGAAGAUCACAAUGGUGGGAACAUUCAAUAAUAUCGGGCAGUUCAUUGCUCUACCCAUCACGGGAUUCUUUUCCGAUCGAUAUGGACGGAAGACAGCCCUAAUUAUUGGUACAGUCAUCUGUGGUAUUUUUGGCAUCAUAAAAUCCUUCUCAGUGAACUACCCAAUGUUCCUUAGCUUGGAACUCCUGGAAAUGGCUCUCGGAUCGGGAGCCUAUAGUGCUUGUUUUGUGUAUGGCAUGGAAGCAGUGGGAGCAUCCAAAAGACUCCUUGGGAGUGUCCUUAUAACAAGCACCUAUGCUCUUGGACAAUCCUUCUAUGGGCUUAUAGCUAUGUGGACAAAGGAUUGGAGGAAUAUGAUAAGAUGUGCCUAUGCGCCGGCUUUUCUCCUCAUCUUCUACUUCUGGCUCAUGCCGGAGAGUGUUCGAUGGCUCUUGGCCUCGGGGCACUACCAUCGAGCACGCAGAAUGAUUAAGAAGAUUGCAAAAGUCAAUCGCGUGACACUCUCAGUGGAUGCCCAGAAGAUCUUGGAUGAGAAGGUUGCAGGAUCAGAUCGUCUUCCGGUGGAACUUUCCCCGGAAACUACAAAAAAGAAUCCCUACCCCCUGAGAACGGUCCUACACUCUCGCAUCCUUCUCUGGCGCGUCGCAACGUGCUCCUUUGUCUGGAUGACCAAUGCUUUUGUCUACUAUGGGCUUGUUCUCAACUCUGUGGCCAUUGGUGGGGACAAGUAUGUAAACUUCAUCCUCAUCUGCCUCAUAGAAUUGCCAGCAUUCGUUAUUUGCUACUUAAUUGUCGAUCGGGCUGGUCGACGAAUCACCCUGAGUGUUUCCCUCCUGCUUGCUGGCCUCUCAUGCCUCUGUCAGCUUUUCCUGCCAACUGAAGGAGCCGAAGCAGUCAAAUUGGUUCUCUUCCUCACGGGGAAAUUCUCAAUUACCGUCUCCUUCACAACACUCUACCUCUUUACGAAUGAACUCUUCCCUACGGAACUCAGGCACAGCCUUAUGGCUACGUGCUCAAUGAUGGGACGAUUGGGAGGGAUAGUUGCUCCACAAACGCCUCUUCUUGGAAAAUAUGUGGAUUUCCUCCCAAUGACGCUAUUCUUCAGUACAGCCUUCAUCUCCUCCCUCAUCAUUCUUCAUUAUCCUGAAACACUUAAUACAACCCUCCCGGACACAGUGCAGGAAGCAGAGAAGAUUGGAGAUAAUUCCAAAGGACUGGUUGGAAUAUGGUGGGAUAAAAUCAAGAGGAAGGAUCAAAGAGAUCACAGAUGAGGAAAAUCCUUCAAGUUUUCCUUCACAUCUCAUGUAUUAUUUUAUAUAAUUUUUUAUUAAUGUACAAAUUGUAACGAAAACACAAGUGGUACAAUAAAUUCUUGUGCCUUCUGCUCAUUUUUAGAAUGAAGAUGAAAAGAUAUUUUGUAAGAUAUUUUAGGAAAUAAAAGGUUUAUAAGUUGUUGAA